AUGGAGAAGCUGAGGGCACGGAGCCCUCAGAUGCCUCGCGCGAGGUCCCUGAGGGUUCGAACCCAGGUCUGUCAGAAUCCGGAGCCCAAGUGUCCCCCGUCAUACUGGAAGUUGCUCAGCUCUGAAGAAAGCCGUGGCGUCCUCAGCUGUGGAAACUUUGCCAAACUCUCAAAGGAGUGGGGCCUGAUAGUGGAGGAUGGGAAGAUGACGGAAAGAGGAAACCAUGCCCUCUUACUGAAGGAAAAGAUAGUGCCUGCCUUCUGA